AUGGCAAUGGCAAUGAAGUAAUGGUGAUCGCAAAGAAAGCUGAGUCAGCACAUGUAUUACAGUGUUUGUUUGUUGUUCGAUAGUCGCCAUAUAAAUAGCUAGCUACCGGUAUAUACACAACACGAACGGAUGGAUAUAGUUCCUGUGAGAGUUAAUGUCUGUUUGAGUGAGUCCGAAGAUUCCGAGGGAGAAAUGGCCUAUAAAGAAGCACAGAUACAAGGAGACUACUCUGGCUAUGUCCCCCCUGAGGUUGUUGUCACUGACACAGCAACUGUCAGUCCUAGGAGAGCCUCUGCUCCGGUCACCAAGCCAUCACAGAAGGGUGGACCUGUGAGACCAGAGAGCCCCACGGAAGUGCCUGUACAGGUUAGGGGUAACCUGCAAAAGAUGGGCAAGAGAUUGAAGGGAUGGCAUACUCGCUACUUUGAGAUCCAAGGAUCGCAUAUGUACUACUACAAGAACCACACGAAAAAGGACUGUUUAGGAGAGAUCAACUUGACCAAAUGUUUCUUUUGUGAUGCCACAUCAGCUGCUACGUUUGGACAUGCGUUUGAACUUCGUACCACUGAGAGGUCACAUUUUCUGGCCGCACGAAGCAAGGAUGAGAUGGUGCAGUGGGUGAGAGUCAUCAGAAAGAACAAAGGAGGAACAGAACAGGCUGUUGCUAAGAAACCUAAGCGGUGGGAAUCGUUCAAACAUGCACUGGCAAUACAACCUCGUCGACCUGCCAGCAAACCUGAGAUUGCCCCCAAGAAGAAAAACAGAAAAUCUAAAGUCAACAAACUCCGAAUCAGCCCAAGCAAGGAUCGGUCACCUUCUCCCACCCCCUCACAGGGCGACGCACACACACCCCUCACACAACACACACACACGGAAGCACACUCCUCUCGUCCGAUGUCCCUCACCGAACAUGACUUUGAACAGGACACUCUGGACAUCCUCGCUUCGUUCCAACCCUCUCGAUCGCUACCAGCCACCCCUCUGACUGCAAAGCGCCCCAUUAAUUUCAACGAGUCCCCGUGUGAUUCACCCACCUUCUCGAGAAAAUCCAUUGAUUCUCCCGCGCUCACGAUUGACAGUAAACUAUCCACACCCUCACACUCUGUCACCACUUCCCCCGCCCACUCACCAGCUAAGAACGUUGUUGAAGAAACAGAAGGCACACCUCAAGUUGGGGAGGUUGAAGGAAAAACACCAAAGGAAGAAAUACCAGAAACAGACGUGAAAACUGAAGAAAAAGAAAUCGAUGUAAUUGUUAAGACAAAAGAAGGGCCAGUUGAAAUACAGCCUGAUAUUCGAAUUGAAGUGCCAGUUAUAGCUAUUGCCGAGAGCUCGAUUUCAGAAGAUGAUCUUCUAAAUACAGAAGAUCAAAGUGAGGAUGUUACCAAACCUACUAUGGAGAUCUCUAACCCCGAAUGUUCAGUUCCUGUUGAAUCCCCACCAGGACCUGUACUCGAUUUCAUGACCAAGAAGUACACCUGGGACAAGAUUAGAGAUGUGUUAGACUUUAACGAAGACAAUGAAGUGAGGGAUUACAGUAUGCUCCCUCCUGAAGACCCUGUCUGGCUCAAGAAACCAACUAGUGUAGAGCAGCUUAGAGUGUUCUUGUUAAGUUGUCCGUAAUGUUUUUGUAGUAUUAAUUUGGUUUGUAGUAUAGGUUUUAGUGGACAAAAUUCAUACAGGUCUCAUUUACUAACCAUACAUGACUGCAUAUAUUAUGUUUGUGGUUACCAUUAUUUUUUCACGUUUA